AUGGCCACCCAAAUGUUUGAGGGGAAGGGGCACGCAGCUAUCUACCAGAAAUACAGGUUUGCGCCAGGCGAAGAGCUGCAGCAAGUCAUCCUCAGCUACCUGCGGGAAAAGAGGCCAAACGCUGUUGAGCUGGUGGUGGAUGUUGGCUGUGGGACCGGACAAGGCACCCGCUUCCUUGCAAAGCACUUCAAGAAGGUGGUGGGAACGGACAUCAGCGAAGCGCAGAUCCAGGAGGCAAAGGAUGCCCCCUUCCUGCCCAAUGUCUCCUACCUCGUGUGCCCUGCAGAGGAGCUGCCACUUGAGGAUGCCUCAGUGGACGUCCUGGCUUCAUUUACUGCUGCGCACUGGUUUGACAUUGAGAAGUUCAUGAAAGAAGCAAACCGGGUGCUUAAGCCGGGCGGUUGUGUGGUCAUCUGCACCUAUACCAUGGACAUGAGUCUGCGCUAUGGAAACUGCUCUGAAAAGUUAACAAAAAUCUUCAGAGAGUCCUGGGAUCUGCUUUUAAAAUACUCACAUAAUAAAGUAAAACAUGUCAUGGAAGACUACAAAAUGAUCUUUGAGGCCUUGCCAUUUCCAGAUAAAAAGAGAAUCACUGAUAUUUAUGACAAAAUUCCCAUGACUGUUUCUGGUGUGGUUGGCUACCUGGAGUCUGUCUCUCCAUAUCAAGUUUUUAUGAAGAAUGACCCUGAAGCUGCAAAAUCCCUCCUCCCAGAGACUGAAAAGAGGAUGCUGGAGACGAUGGGAGUUUCCUCUCGUGAAACCCCAGUGGAGUUCUGGGUGAGGCAUGUCUGUGUGCUGGGGUGCAAGGGACAAUGA